GCAGUGUAUGCUGUUGAUACUUGACGCUGCACUCCUGCGCAGCCCAAAUUUCUCUCCGGAUACGCCCUCCACUGGACCCCAGCCUUCUCCACCCGCCCGCUAAUUUCGCACCUCCCCUCGUUGAAUCCACGUUGCAGCCCACCUGUUCUGGACACCACGGGCAUUGACGGCAGCCGGCCGACUCCUGGAGGCGUGAGAGGAAACAAAUAACUCGACAAGGAGCGCUGGGAUUGGUCUAGCAAUCAUCAUGGCGACAUUCCUUGAAAAUUCAUACAGUCUGGUCCACCAGGACAAUGCUGCCGAUGUCCCCUCGCAGAAUGAGCUCAAGCAAGCUCUAGAGAAGGGGACAGAUGAGUCAAAGAUCGAGACUAUGAAGAAGAUCCUCUCGAUAAUGCUGAACGGUGACCCCCAAGCAGGCCUGCUCAUGCACAUAAUACGAUUCGUCAUGCCUAGCAAGUCGAAGCCCCUGAAGAAAUUGAUGUAUCUCUUCCUGGAGGUAUGUCCAAAGCACGACGCGCAGGGGAAGCUGCGACAGGAGUGGAUAUUGGUGUGCAAUGCUAUCCGUUUCGAUCUCCAGGCGCCGAACGAAUACGUACGAGGGAACACAUUGCGCUUUCUCUGCAAACUGAGGGAUGCCGAGUUAGUAGAGCCUCUUUUACAACCGGCUCGCCAAUGCCUCUCUCAUCGGCAUGCAUACGUCCGCAAAAACGCCACCUUUGCAAUCGCUUCAAUCUUCACGCAUCUUCCAGAAUUGCUUCCGGACGCUCCCGACCUCUUGACCACCUUUUUGGACGAGGAGAACGACGCCACCUGCAAGCGCAACGCCUUCGCCGCUCUUGCCUCUAUCAGUCAUGAAAAAGCGCUCGAGUACCUUAGUACUGUCUUUGAUUCGAUUCCAAACCACGACGAGCUUGUGCUCCUUGCUGAACUCGAAUUUAUUCGCCGAGAUGCUUUUGUAAAUCCUCAGAACAAGGCUAGAUAUCUUCGGUUGAUCUUUGAUCUCCUCGAAUCUAGUGUAUCCACCGUCAUCUACGAAGCUGCCCAUGCUUUGACAACCCUCACCAACAAUCCUGUAGCUGUCAAGGCCGCAGCAGGGAAGUUCACUGAACUGGCUAUCAAGGAACCUGACAACAAUGUGAAACUCCUCGUUUUGGAAAGAGUGGAUCAAUUACGGGAAAAGAAUGAAGGCGUUUUAGAUGAUUUGACAAUGGAAGUUCUUCGUGUUCUUUCCAGCCCGGACCUGGAUGUACGGAGAAAGGCGCUCAAGAUUGCCAUGGAGAUGGUCUCUAGCCGAAAUGUCGAAGAAGUCGUUCUUCUCCUCAAGAAAGAACUCAUGAAAACAGUUGACGAGCAGUACGAGAAGAACUCUGAGUACCGAACACUCCUGAUUUCCUCUAUCCACCAGUCUGCCAUUAAGUUCCCCGAGGUUGCAGCGAGCGUUGUGGGUUCGCUCAUGGACUUUAUCUCAGAUGUCAGCAGCAACGCCUCCGCUGUUGACGUGAUCUCUUUCGUGAAAGAGGUCGUGGAACGCUUCCCAGAUCUAAGGGCAUCAAUUGUCGAACGCCUGGUGACUACUUUAGGUGAGGUUCGCGCUGGAAAGGUCUAUCGUGGUGUUCUUUGGAUUAUUGGUGAAUUCUCUCUGGAAGCAAAGGACAUUCGAGACGCAUGGAAAGGGAUACGCUCUUCCCUUGGCGAGAUCCCUAUCCUUGCCUCAGAGCAGCGGUUACUGGAGGAAGCUUCCGAAGGGAAAGAGCCUACGGAACAAGUGAACGGCCACGCCAAACCUGUAGCUCCAUCAGGAUCGCGAAAAGUUCUUGCGGAUGGUACCUAUGCUACGGAAAGCGCGCUCACUUCCGCAGCCGCCAAAGCGAAACUGGAGGCUGUUAAGAACUCCCAGAAGCCUCCACUACGCCAACUGAUCCUCGAUGGUGAUUACUACCUGGCGACGGUUCUGUCCAGUACUCUCACGAAACUUGUCAUGCGACACUCAGAGAUAUCCAAAGAUGAAGCGCGAACAAAUGCUCUCCGGGCCGAGGCUAUGCUCAUCAUGAUAUCUAUUAUUCGAGUUGGACAAUCGCAGUUUGUCAAAACGCUCAUAGACGAGGACUCUGUCGACCGAAUCAUGACAUGUGUCCGGUCUCUCUCUGAGUUUGCUCAGAGAAAGGAACUCGAGACUGUGUUUCUGGAAGAUACGCGAAGGUCGUUCCGAACAAUGGUCCAGGCGGAAGAAAAGAAGCGGGCAGCCAAGGAAGCUGUGGAGAAGGCAAAAUCUGCAGUCAAUGUUGACGACUCAUUCUCAAUCCGACAACUAAAGAAGAAAGAACUAGAUGGUACUGACGAAAUUGAACAAGAUUUGGAGAGGGCAACUGGGGGGGAUACAGCUACUGAAGACCUGACUUCUAAGCUAAGCCGGGUUGUGCAACUUACUGGCUUCUCAGAUCCUGUUUAUGGCGAAGCAUAUGUGAAGGUGCAUCAAUUCGACAUCGUUCUCGACGUUCUUCUCGUCAAUCAAACGACCGAGACUCUUCAGAAUCUUACAGUAGAAUUCGCAACACUCGGCGACCUUAAGGUCGUAGAGCGCCCUCCAACACAGAACGUCGGCCCUCACGACUUCAUUAAUAUCCAAGCCACCAUCAAGGUGUCCUCAACGGACACCGGAGUAAUUUUCGGCAACGUCAUAUAUGAAGGCGAAAAGGGAGUUGACUCCAACGUUGUCAUCCUAAACGAUGUACACGUAGACAUUAUGGACUACAUCAAACCCGCAUACUGCACAGAGACGCAAUUCCGCACAAUGUGGACCGAGUUCGAGUGGGAAAACAAAGUCAAUAUCAAUUCCAAGGCCAAAUCUCUCCGCGAAUUCUUGAAGCAAUUGAUGGCUUGCACCAAUAUGAGCUGUCUUACCCCUGAGGCUUCUAUGAAGGGAGAUUGCCAGUUCUUGUCCGCUAAUUUGUACGCGAGAAGUGUGUUUGGCGAGGAUGCUCUGGCUAACCUUAGCAUUGAGAAGGAGGGCGAAAACGGUCCUAUUACAGGUUUCGUACGUAUCCGAAGUCGGUCACAGGGUUUGGCUUUGAGCUUGGGAUCGCUGAAGGGCCUUAACAAGGUUGGUGCUUCGUGAUGACGUCAUGUUACGAAAUUUUGUCAGGGUGCACUUGAUGUAGCUUCUGGACAAGCCGGUCUGACUCUCAUACCGCUUCGUCGACUUCGUACUAAGCUUUGUGACGGCGGUGGCUGUGGAAAUGGGGUCUGCCUGUCCGAGCAUUAUGAAAAGUCGAUGAUAACC